CCUUCAUGGGCGGUUGUUUUGGAAGCACAAUCUCUCUUGUCGCAAGGAAACACUCGAACUCUGCUGAGGUUGUCAAAUUUCGAUUUGUUAUGUCAGCAAGGCGAAGCACCUAUGCUGGAGGAGAAAGCCAGCCGAACGAUCGUUUCAGAUCGGUAACGGAUGCCUCUCACAUCAAAGCGCCAAAGAGACAAUGUAGUUGCCUAGAGCUUGUUCGAGAAACCAUUCCUGCUCUGGCGAAUUCUUCUCACAAAGGGCAGCUGGGUAGAAUAGGGAUCAUAGGCGGAUGUCAGGAGUAUACAGGUGCACCUUAUUUUGCAGCGAUAUCAGCUUUGAAAGCUGGUGCAGAUUUGUCCCAUGUGUUCUGCACAAGUGAUGCAGCUGUGGUUAUUAAAUCAUACAGCCCUGAACUUAUUGUUCAUCCUGUUCUGGACAGAAAAACAGCUGUAAAAGAGGUCAAAGACUGGCUUCCAAGACUUCACUGCAUUGUAGUUGGCCCAGGAAUGGGUAGAAAUCCAACCAUCAUUGAAAAUGUCAAGGGAGUUCUUGAACUUGCAAAGGAGCAGCAAAAACUUCUAGUCAUAGAUGCAGAUGGGCUUUACAUGGUUACGUCCUACCCAGACAUAAUCAAGAAUUAUGCCAAAGCAAUACUCACACCAAAUGCUAUGGAGUUUACAAGAUUAUACAACACGUUGUUUGGUCGUGAACCUGACCCAUCUAUAGACUGUUCCAGUCAUGUGACACAAUUGUGCCGAGAGUUAGGUGGAGUUACCAUAUGUCGUAAAGGGCAAGAAGAUAUCAUUGCUGAUGGGAAAGAUGUUGUAAACUGCAGAACAGAAGGCAGCAACAGACGUUGUGGAGGUCAGGGUGACGUCCUAUCUGGUUCCAUGGGUGUGUUCUUCCACUGGACAGAUAUGGCAUUCAAGAAAUUAAGCAAAGAAGAAAGAGCAUGUUCGUAUGGUCGAUCUCUAGUAGCAGCCUAUGGGGCCUGUGCACUAACAAGAACCUGCAACAGACUGGCGUUUGCUAAGUACCGGCGGAACAUGACCACAACAGACAUGCUACCGGAAAUUCACAAUGCGUUUGAACUGUUAUUUCCCGAGAAAAAGUCAGACGAACCAGUUCUAAGGCAAGAACACACCGUGUAGAGUACUCAAGUUCGAUAAAGAUAGUAAUUUUUGCAGAAUUACUUCCUAAUUAAAGUCAAACAAACAAACAAACAAAGAUAGACUACAACAUAGUAACCUCCUCGACUUAGAAGAGGUUACUUUUGGAAAGAGUGUUUUACGAUGAAGUGUCGUAGAACCACCGGGUUAAUCGUGACAGCCAAUCAGGGCGAAGAAAAUAUCACAAGGAACCAAUCAGAAUCGAAAUCAUGGACAAAAAAAACUGCGUGAAUUAAAAGCGCGGCAAAACUGGGGUGCCAAGUCGCGAUUGGACUUAGGUUUGCAUCUAAUUGGUAGAGAAAAUGACGCGAGUUUUCUGAACCAAUCAUAAAUUAAAUGAAACUAAAACCAA